AUGGGUCAUUCAUCAACCAAGAGUUCAGCAUUCCGGAAGUGCUAUGGCCAGCUGGGACAGCUACGCUCCAUCCUGAACCAGUCAACUUGCGUUGUGGCGAUGACAGCGACAGCAACAACCACAGUGAGGCGCACAAUAGUUGACAGUUUGGGGAUGAGGAACUACAGCUUAAUUGAAGUAAGUCCUGAACGGCAUAACAUUAAGUAUGUGGUUUUCAAGACAGCAGAUAAGAACUUUGAAUCCGUCUUCAAAUGGAUUGCCGAUGAGAUUUUGGAGAAGGGCCGUUCGACAGAGCGAAUGAUACUGUACUGCCAGUCAAGGAAGAAUGUCAGCGAGCUUCACUCCUUUUUCUGCUCUCUUCUCCCAAAGGUGUUGUAUGCCUUCUUUGAAAUGUAUCACACGAACACUGAAGGAGAUGUUCAAAAGAAGAUCAUCAAUAGUUUUGCCCAAGAAGACGGCGAGGUCCGCAUAUUGUUUGCAACCAUAGAUGUACGUGGGCUUCACACGGUUAUAUUGGUAGGUCACCCAACAGAAUUGGAUGACCUUAUGCAGUUAAGUGGGCGGGCAGGUCGGGAUGGCACUCAGAGUGUGGCAAUCGUUGUGAACUACCCCGGGUGCUAG